AUGCCCCUGGAUGGCAGGUCCUUGACGAGCGUGGAACUCGUCACUCUUUACCUGCACCGCAUCGCCCAAUUCGACAUGCGAGGCCCGUCUCUCAACUCGAUUUGCAUCUUCAACCCGCGAGCCCUACAAGAAGCGCAGGCUUCCGAUAAUUACCGCGCCACCGCUGGUCACAAGGCUCGUCCUCUAGAGGGCAUCCCGUUCACCGUCAAGGAUAGCUUCAAGGUCAAGGGCAUGACGGUCGCCGCGGGAUCUCCUUCUUUUGCUCAUCUCGUGGCCCCAGACGAUGCAGCUAUCGUUGAAAGGCUUCAAGAAGCAGGUGCCAUCGUUCUAGGCCGCACAAACAUGCCACCCAUGGGAAUGGGAGAGAUGAAGGAUAAAGCGAUGCCCGUGGGUAUCACCUUCGACACAAAGGCUUGA